AUGGAGGAGCCUCAGGAGAGAGGAGCAGGGGUGGCCCUACUCUCUGCAGAACACACAGAGUUUACCUGGAACCAGAAGACUUGGGAGGACAGGCUGAUUCAGUUUCUGAGAAACUCCCUCAAGAUGACUCUGGGUUCCCGCUGGAGCCUGCGUCUGAGCAAAGAGCUGAACAACCAGAUGGAGAGCUUCGACAGCCCCUCCCUGGAGAAGGUUGGUUCCCAGAGGCAGGGCCUUUCUCCUCUGUGUCUCAUCCAGCUGUUGGCUCAUGACCACUGUGUGUGUAUAUUUCAUCAUUGA